CCCGCUGUCCGCGCCCCUGCACCGGGCGCCCACCCCGCGCUCCUCAGGCGGGAACGCUGUCCGCGGCGGCGGCCGGCGUGGGCCGGGCCGGGGGAUGGCGCUGCAGGACCUGGCCCAGCAGGGAAUGGCCGUGUUCGGGUUCGUCCUCUUCGUGGUGCUCUGGCUGAUGCAUUUCAUGGCCAUCAUCUACACCCGAUUACACCUCAACAAGAAGGCAACAGACAAACAGCCAUAUAGCAAGCUCCCAGGUGUGUCGCUUCUGAAACCACUGAAAGGGGUAGACCCUAAUCUAAUCAACAACUUGGAGACAUUCUUUGAAUUGGAUUAUCCCAAAUAUGAAGUACUCCUUUGUGUACAAGAUCAUGAUGAUCCAGCCAUUGAUGUAUGUAAGAAGCUUCUUGGAAAAUAUCCAAAUGUUGAUGCUAGAUUAUUUAUAGGUGGCAAAAAGGUUGGCAUUAAUCCUAAAAUUAACAAUUUAAUGCCAGGAUAUGAAGUUGCAAAGUAUGAUCUUAUAUGGAUUUGUGAUAGUGGAAUAAGAGUAAUUCCAGACACACUAACUGAUAUGGUUAAUCAAAUGACAGAAAAAGUAGGCUUGGUUCACGGGCUGCCUUAUGUAGCAGACCGACAAGGCUUUGCUGCUACGUUAGAACAGGUGUAUUUUGGAACUUCGCAUCCAAGGUCCUAUAUCUCUGCCAAUGUAACUGGUUUCAAAUGUGUGACAGGAAUGUCUUGUUUAAUGAGAAAGGAUGUGUUAGAUCAAGCAGGAGGGCUUAUAGCUUUUGCUCAAUACAUUGCUGAAGACUACUUUAUGGCCAAAGCAAUAGCUGACCGAGGUUGGAGGUUUGCAAUGUCCACUCAAGUUGCAAUGCAAAACUCUGGUUCAUAUUCAAUUUCUCAGUUUCAAUCCAGAAUGAUCAGGUGGACCAAAUUGAGAAUUAACAUGCUUCCUGCUACAAUAAUUUGUGAGCCAAUUUCAGAAUGCUUCGUUGCCAGUUUAAUUAUUGGAUGGGCAGCUCACCACGUAUUCAGAUGGGACAUCAUGGUAUUUUUCAUGUGUCAUUGCCUGGCAUGGUUUAUAUUUGACUACAUUCAACUCAGGGGUGUCCAGGGUGGCACGCUAUGUUUUUCAAAACUUGAUUAUGCAGUUGCUUGGUUCAUCCGUGAAUCUAUGACAAUAUACAUUUUUUUGUCAGCAUUAUGGGACCCUACUAUAAGCUGGAGAACUGGUCGCUAUAGAUUGCGCUGUGGAGGUACAGCAGAAGAAAUCCUAGAUGUAUAACCACAGCUUUGUGACUGUAUAUACAGGAAAAAAAAGUAUUAUAAAUUAUGUUUAUAUAAAUGCUUUUAAAGAUCUACCUUCAAUAGUUUUUAUCACAUGUAUGUUUUGGUAUCUGUCCUUUAAUUUAUUUUGCAUGGCACGUGCAUCUGUGAAAAAAAAAAAACAAAACACAUCUGUAGUCUUGGCCAAAUGAACACUUUAUUUUGUGGAAGUAGAGAAUCAAGAGAAUUGGUUCUAGGAACCCAGGUUUUUUUUUUAUUGUUGUUUAUUUUUUUAAACAAAUAAAUAUAUACAUAUAUAUGAAUGCUCUGCGGCAAACACUAUGACAGUAUCCUUCAGUAGAGAAAGUUUCUUAUUUGUGGGUACACUCUUUUAGGAUGUGUAUGGGUGGGAUGACUGCAGGGCAGCUUUAUUUGAGGUAGAAAAGACUAGAAGGUCAUGACUUUCCUGUCUAAAGUGGAUUGUAUUGUGCAUUGAACACCCCACCAUGAGGUACUAACUGAGAAACUUUUUCAUGCUUUAUGCCUACCUCUUGUAGUUGUUGCAGAACAAAUACAAAUUGUAAUAAGGUAGCUAGGCCUUGCAAAAA